AUGGAAGCAACAAAGAAGGAAGAUCUCGAAGCAGUACAGCUUGUUUUGGAGGCUGGCGCAGAUCCCAAUGUGAAAGCUGAUCUGAUUGAAUCUGAAGACCGCUACCAGGAUCAUGAGCACAGAAUGCCACUUUUCAUCGCCGCGAAAACCAAAAAUGAGGCAAUGGUGCGGCUGCUUCUACGGAAUGGAGCUCAUUUACUCGUUGCCGGGGAUAUCAAUGCCUGUCAGAUAGCUGAAAUAUGCGCGCUGGGAGGAGAAGAAAUGGCAAAGCUGAUCCUGGAGGAAGUUGACAUCGACUCCAAACUGGAAACCCUCAACCACGACCAGCUAAAUCAUUUCUUCAACUAUGCGGCAGCUAUUGGAGACGAAAGUCUCACUGAGCGGUUGUUGGGGAUGGGUUGCCAAGGCGAAGACCUGGAUGAACUUUACGGCGACGCGGAAACAGAGCCCUGGCCUCGCUUUGCGUCGCCUUUGAUGCUUGCUGUAAAACGUGGGAACAUGAGAAUUAUUGAGAUGAUCAUAAACAACGAAGAUCCACUCUCUGAGCAAAACGCACUGAUUGAAUGCAGUGACACUUUAGCCACGGAGGCGGCUCAAACUGACGAUGAAUCUAUGAUGGAAAUGGCGUUAAAAGUCGGACAAAAGGUCGAACAAAGUCCGGUGGAUUAUGCGAUGGGAACAGCCUUUCUGAGGGCCAUCGAACACGGAACGGAGUCUAUGUGCGAGUUCCUCAUACAGAAGGGUGCUCUCAUCGUUGAAGUACCAGACUGGCAGCGCCAGUGCAGGGUGAAGGCGGCAUUCAGGGCCAAGAAAUACGAUAUUAUGGACCGCCUGUUAGACAGCUCUGGAAUCGGUCCUGAAGAUCCGAUAAUAGGCGAAACAACCAUGCUAUGGGAGGCCGCAAAAUGGGGGCCAAUUGAAGGUUUUAAGCGAGUUGUUAAGCGCGGUGUGUGGCUAGAAGAAAGGUGCCAGGGAUGCCGCAAGGCCGUGGCACUUGCCGCGGAGUAUCAACAGCACGAGAUUCUCAAAUUCCUUCUGGAUUCAGGAUUCCCGAUCGACGACCUGUAUCAUAACGGGGACUGUUUUCAAACUUUGAUUGUCAGAGCCACCAGUGGCCUGUGUUCAGGACCACUAACAACAACGAAUAUGCUUCUCGACAUUGGUGGAGAAUCAGAAUAUGGGCCUCUCGAUUACCAACAAGCCCUGGAGGAACUAUCUAAAAGGGGUGUUGCGAGGUAUACUAAUCUAGGGUUGCUAAGGGAAGGUGUGAACCCCAAUAUGCGAGCUGAGAUUGCCAAAAGCCGCGGCGACGGUGGGAUCAGUAUUGCAAAGGAGCUGAUUUCCCGAGGCGCAAGUCCGAUAUCUGGAUCUGGUUCACAGGCAACUUCUCUCGAAUGGGCUUUAGUAAACCGGCGAUUCGCUUUGGUAGAAACCUUUCUGGAAGGAAUACCUGCAUCCAUGGAUCAGACCUUUGAUGGGCUCCCUGAUAACGGCCCUAUCUCUGACAGAUUCCCGGAUACGACCGUGACCUCGGUGCCCCUAGCCUUUAUCAAAAGACUGGAUUUAGAGCUUGCUCGGAUGUCAGACGAGCUAGAGAAUCGAAUGACGGACUGGGAAGUAUUCCCGGGGACGGGAAGCCCAAAUCGGACUUUUGGGACCUAUUCUUUACAAACAAAGCAGUCGCGAAAUACAUGUCUCGCAUGA